UCCAGCCCCGCCGAGGAGCUCCCGGGCUGGGUCUCCGGACCCGGGCAGAGACGGGGUUCGUAGCCGGCCAGAUCUGGGAACAAAACUGCGGAGGAGCCGGGAAGACAGUCGAUGGGAAUUCCAGCCUGAGUCCUUGAGAACAGAAGGAAGGAGAUGCAACUGCUGUUGGCCCUGUUGGGGCUCCUGCUAGGGCCACCUAGGGCUUCGGUCUUGUCCCAUGAGGCCUCUGAGGAAAUGGACCCGGAGCCCUGCCUAGCCCCCAGUCCAGAGCAGCAAGAGCUGACCAUUGCCCUUGGGCAGCCUGUACAACUGUGCUGUGGGCUAGGGGAGCGUGGUGGUCAUUGGUACAAGGAGGGCAACCGCCUGGCACCCGCUGGCCGGGUACGGAGCUGGAGGGGCCGCCUGGAGAUUGCCAGCUUCCUACCAGAGGAUGCCGGCCACUACGUCUGUCUGGCACGUGGCUCCAUGGUUGUCCUACACAAUCUCACUCUGGCUGCAGAUGAGUCCUUGACUUCAAGCAAUUAUGAUGAAGACCUCAAGGCCAAUGGAGACUCCUCAAAUGGGCAUAUUUACCUCCAGCAAGCACCCUACUGGACACAUCCCCAACGUAUGGAGAAAAAACUGCAUGCAGUGCCUGCUGGGAACACUGUUAAGUUCCGCUGUCCAGCUGCAGGCAACCCCAUGCCCACCAUCCACUGGCUCAAGGAUGGGCAGGCUUUCCAUGGAGAGAAUCGCAUUGGGGGCAUUCGACUGCGCCACCAGCACUGGAGUUUGGUGAUGGAAAGCGUGGUGCCCUCAGACCGUGGCACAUAUACCUGCCUUGUGGAGAAUCCUCUGGGCAGCAUCCGUUACAGCUAUUUGCUGGAUGUGCUGGAGCGGUCCCCGCACCGGCCCAUCCUGCAGGCGGGGCUCCCAGCCAACACCACAGCUGUGGCAGGCAGUGACGUGGAGCUGCUGUGCAAGGUGUACAGCGAUGCCCAGCCCCACAUCCAGUGGCUGAAGCACAUCGUCAUCAAUGGCAGCAGCUUCGGUGCCGAUGGCUUCCCCUAUGUGCAAGUCCUGAAGACAGCAGACAUCAAUAGCUCAGAGGUGGAGGUCCUGUACCUGCGGAAUGUGUCAGCCGAGGAUGCAGGUGAAUACACCUGCCUGGCAGGCAACUCCAUUGGCCUCUCCUACCAGUCAGCCUGGCUCACUGUGCUGCCAGUGAGGGCAGAGGAAGACCCCACGUGGACAGCAGCAGUGUCCGAGGUCAAGUAUACAGACAUCAUUCUGUAUUCAUCGGGCUCCCUGGCUUUGGCUGUGCUCCUGCUGCUGGCUGGGCUGUAUCGAGGACAGGCGCUUCACAGCCGGCAUCCCCGUCAGCCUGCCACUGUGCAAAAGUUGUCCCGCUUCCCUUUGGGCCGACAGUUCUCUUUGGAGUCUGGCUCCUCCGGCAAGUCAAGCUCAUCCCUGGUGCGAGGUGUCCGGCUCUCCUCCAGUGGUCCUCCCUUGCUUGCUGGCCUUGUGAAUCUAGACCUACCUCUGGACCCACUGUGGGAGUUCCCUCGGGACAGGCUGGUGCUCGGGAAGCCCCUGGGCGAGGGCUGCUUUGGGCAGGUGGUGUGUGCAGAGGCCAUCGGCAUGGAUCCUGCCCAACCGGACCAAACAAGCACUGUGGCUGUCAAGAUGCUCAAAGACAACGCCUCUGACAAGGACUUAGCAGACCUGGUCUCUGAAAUGGAAGUGAUGAAGUUGAUCGGCCGACACAAGAAUAUCAUCAACCUGCUGGGUGUCUGCACCCAGGAAGGGCCCCUGUAUGUGAUCGUGGAGUGUGCUGCCAAGGGCAACCUGCGGGAGUUCCUCCGUGCCAGGCGUCCUCCAGGCCCCGACCUUAGCCCUGAUGGGCCACGGAGCAGCGAGGGGCCCCUCUCCUUCCCCGCCCUGGUCUCCUGUGCCUACCAGGUGGCCCGAGGCAUGCAGUAUCUGGAGUCACAGAAGUGCAUCCACCGGGACCUAGCUGCCCGCAACGUGCUGGUGACCGAGGACAAUGUCAUGAAGAUUGCUGACUUUGGGCUGGCCCGUGGCAUCCACCACAUUGAUUACUACAAGAAAACCAGCAAUGGCCGCCUGCCUGUUAAGUGGAUGGCCCCAGAAGCCUUGUUUGACCGCGUGUACACACACCAGAGUGACGUGUGGUCCUUUGGGAUCCUGCUGUGGGAGAUCUUCACACUCGGGGGCUCCCCGUAUCCUGGCAUCCCUGUGGAAGAGCUGUUCUCACUGCUGCGGGAGGGGCAUCGGAUGGACCGGCCCCCACACUGCCCCCCAGAGCUGUACGGGCUGAUGCGUGAGUGCUGGCACGCGGUGCCCUCCCAGAGGCCCACUUUCAAGCAGCUAGUGGAAGCACUAGACAAAGUCCUGCUGGCCAUCUCCGAGGAGUACCUUGACCUCCGCCUGACCUUUGGACCCUACUCCCCUUCUGGUGAGGAUGCCAGCAGUACCUGUUCCUCCAGUGACUCUGUCUUCAGCCACGAGCCCCUGCCACUGGGCACAAACCUCUUCCCCUUUCCUGGAGUACAGACAUGAGCAGUAGCAUGAGGUUGUUUGGGCAAGUAGGCCAGUAGUCUUGGGCUCCUGGCUCAGCCAAAACUUGGCAUAGCAUUUGACUUUGGCAACCCCAGGGACCUGUCCUCAGAGUGCUGUCCCAGAUCUCUGGCUUCUCUUUAGUUUGGUUUGAUUGUGUUGUGUUGUUUUGUUUGAGACAGGGUCUCACUAUGUAGUCCAGGCUGGCCUUGAACUCACGGCGAUCCUCCUGCCUCAUCCUCCCAAGUGCUGGGAGUACAGGCAUCUGCCACACUGGCUGAUUCUCCUUUGGGAGGUGCGUCUGAUUCAUCCUCAGGUUCCUAGCUAAGGCUUUCAGCUGUCUUUGGUUCCAACCAUAAUCUGCAGUAUCCUGACUUUCCCUUGGAGCUAUGGUGCCAGUGUCCUGAUUGCUCGAGAACUGGAAAGGUUCUGCUCUGCUCCUGACUCAGUUCCUGUUCUGGGGCUUGGCUGGCCUGGCCACAGAAAUGAUGUCCUAACCCUGCCUGCUUCACAGCAUCAGAGGUUAAAGGCCUCUGACCUCCAUUUCUCCAAGUUUCUUCUACCCCUGCCCCCGCUGCUCCUCCCAGUAUCUUGGUGGACAGAGUACUGGUUCUCAAGAGACUGGAAACUUGCCAAACACAGAACCAGAUAACCUUUUAUAAAUUAUUUUUUUUG